AUGACCCUCUGUGUUGAAUCCUUCUGCCAGCGGUGGGCUAGACGCCAGGCUGGGGUGGGGGCGGAGAAUGAGGUGGACGCAUUUUCAGCGCUUGCGCACUGGGCCGAGGCGCGAGUGCCGGGCUCCGUGGUUGCGCAGGUCGCUCGUCUGCUCCAGCCGGCCGGGCCGAAUGGCUCAGAAGCCCCUGCGCCUGUGAGUGACCCGGAACCGGAAACCCUUGCGGAGGGCAGCUGGGGGAGUGGGAAUCGGGGUCGGGCACCUAAGGGUGGGAGAACUAGGCAGCGCCCGCCGUGCUUGGAUUCAUCUCCCGCUCCGGGGUCGGCUGCUGCCCGCCUCCCCUGGGCCUCCACCCAAACACGCACCCCAGUGUUCGCCUCGCGCCAUUCGGUCCAUCUGCUGUUGUGUGUAGGUGACUUCUUCGGUUCUGCACCAAGUACUGAAUGGGAGGAAUACAGGACAGGAGUCAAGAAAGCACCUAUUCAGACGUAUGUGCUCGGUGCUAAUGACCAGGAAGCUGUCAAGUACUUCCCAGAUGUUGAUGGAUGUGAACUAGCUGAAAACAUUACUUACCUAGGUAGAAAAGGUGUUUUCACUGGUGCCUCAGGCCUACAGAUUGCAUACCUCAGUGGGACAGAGUCAUUGGCUGAGCCUGCUCCACCUUACAGCUUUACCUCCAAGGAUGUAAGCUCGUUGAAGGCAGCUUUGCAGUCCGCAUCGCAGUUUAAAGGUGUUGAUGUCUUGCUGACAUCCCCAUGGCCCAGGGGUGUGGGGAACUUCGGGAAUGCUUCUGGAGAUGUGGAUACCAAGAAAAAGGGUUCCUCUUUGAUCUCCCAUCUUGCCAUGGACUUGAAGCCCAGGUAUCACUUUGCUGCCUUGGAAAAGACUUAUUAUGAGAGGCUUCCUUAUCGAAACCACACAGUCCUCCAGGAAACUGCUCAGCAUGUUACCCGAUUCAUAGCUCUGGCAAAUGUUGGAAACACAGAGAAGAGGAAGUACCUCUAUGCAUUCAGUAUCCUCCCACUUAAUCUGAUGAAUGUGGCAGAGCUUGUGAAGCAGCCGCCAGAUGUCACUGAAAACCCAUACAGAAAAUCUGGGAAGGAAGCAUUGUCAGGCAAACAGGGCCUGGCUCCACAGGAAGAACCAGCUUGUCAGUUUUUCUUUGAUUUAAGCAAAAAGCAGGGAAAGAAACGUCAGUCCACUGGGGGAGACAGCAAGGGUGUUUCCCCCAAGCAACCUCGGAAACCAUCUCAGCCCCUGGGUCCCUGCUGGUUCUGUCUUGCCAGUCCUGAAGUGGAAAAGCAUUUGGUGGUCAGCAUUGGCACACAUUGCUACCUUGCCCUGGCCAAAGGUGGAUUAUGUGAUGAUCAUGUUCUGAUCUUGCCCAUCGGCCACUACCAGUCAGUGGUAGAUCUUUCAAGAGAGGUGGUGGAAGAAGUGGAAAAGUACAAGUGUGCAGUGCGACAGCUCUUUAAGAGCAAAGGGAAGCGAUGUGUUCUGUUUGAGAGGAAUUAUAAGAGUCAUCACCUCCAGCUACAGCUUGUUCCUGUGCCCUCAGCUGCUGCACCACUGAUGACAUCAAGGAGGCCUUCGUCGUCCAGGCCCAGGAGCAGCAGAUCGAGCUGCUGGAAAUCCCAGAACACUCAGAUAUCCAACAGAUUGCACAGCCUGGAGCACCAUAUUUUUACGUGGAGUUGGACACAGGAGAGAAACUUUUCCACAGAAUUAAGAAGAGUUUUCCUUUACAUUUUGGAAGGGAGGUUUUGGCAAGUGAGGCCAUCCUCAACAUUCCCGACAAGUCUGACUGGAGGCAGUGCCCUCGUAGCCGAGAAGAGGAAGAAGCUCUCGCUCGCUUGUUCCGAAAGCAUUUCCAACCCUUUGACUUUGCCCAGGAGGACUGAUCGAUGAGGAGCCGUUUCCACAGUUCCAAGGUAGAACCAGUGGUGUGUCAGGCUCAGGUUUCCUGGUCCUUUGAAACAUAUUCUCUGUACCAUAAGCCACAUCUUUGGUGUUCCCGCCAUUGAGAGUUGCCUUGUGAGCAGUGAGGGUUAGAGACAUGAGGUUACCUCUGGCAGAGGAGUCAGGAUUGCUGUUUGUAGGAAUGAAGCAGUUUCCAGAACAAAUAUCCUUGUCUGCUAAUAAACAUCUCUUUUAUACCUUUAUUACAACUAGCUGUUAUUAAUAUUUUGGUAUUUUUUUAAAGUACCAAAAUAAAAUUUACUUUGCUGAAGGGGUACUCAGUGUAACAUUUGACUCGUUGGCCAAGGUCAUUCUUAAUGGAGUAUUGAGAAGGCUCUUACCACAAACUAAUUGUAGCCCUAGGUUGAAGGAAAGCAAAUUACCUCCCUAUUUUCAGUGAAGUCCAGGGCAAGAGGAAGGGUGAUGUUAGGGCAUAUCAGGCAGGGAUGUUUGUGGUAUAGAACUCUGGGAGCCAUGGGGAGUUAACCGAGCUGGAAGGUUGGCUUAGAGUGCAAGGGUGUGAGGUCCAGUAACAAACCCAGUCACUUAAGGAAAGCUGUGAGGAUUAUGGUUCUAUUCUGUGCCCAAACUUUUCAUAGCAGGAAAUGUGGCACCAGUAUUCCAGGGACUCAUUGCUGGUUAUCUGGGCCUGGAGUGGGCUGGCCUGGAGGAUGUAAGAGAAGCCAGUUUGGAAAAGGGUUAGCAAGAAGUAAAGUUACUGAUGUGAGAUAAAGAGGAAUAAGCUUUAAAGAGAGAAGCAAAGAUUGCAGAAUAUACUAUGGUAGCCUUGAGGCUAAAUGAGCCUUCCGUUGGAGAGGAGAGAUUUAUUAUAAAGGGAGACCUUUGGGGAAAGGGCUGGAUGGGAUGACACGUGCAUCCCAGGAAAGAAGGGGUGGCCUCUGGCUUCUGAGGCUGCCUCAGGUGCGUUGACCCCUGGCUUUGGUUCUGUUUGUGGCUGGUAAAACAGUCCAUCUUUGCUUCAGGGAUGUGGGGCUCUUGCAGUUUAGGAACUAUACCAUUCUGCUGCCUCAUGCAGGCUUAUGAGGGAGAACCCAGGUUUCAUACCCCAAAAGGACUUUAGAAGUGACACAUGGAUAAAGUCAUUCUGAACUUGGCAAAAUGAUGUCAGAGGGUACCUAGUGUGGCAGAGAUAAGUCUUAGGAAAUGAAUCUCUUCAUCACUAAGAAAAACCUCUCAGCUGUUUGAAGGCAGGGGCUAUUUAUCUGGUCUUUGGAUUCCUGGUGCCUAGCCCAGUACACCGAGGCACGAUGUGAUUGUCAGGUGGAAUCAGCAAGAUCUAGACCUGGAGGAAGGCUGAUCCUCUGCAGGUGCUUUAGAGAAGAGGCAGGGAAGAAAUGCCGGAUCCCAAAGGAGAUUCUAAAGGAAAGAGGAGACGAGUCCUCCUGCAGGCUGGACCAACACAGCCUGGGGGAGGAAGAGUGUCCAUGAGCCACAAAGGUGGGCUGGAGGGUGGUAGAAGGGGCUGUAAGUGCUUAACAAAUGCUGCCUGACUAACUUACAGACUGUUCAAACGCAAAGGCAUUGUAGAGAUCAUCUGGUCAGGCCGCAUAAUAAAUACUAGAGUAUUUAUUUACCCAGUGCUGAUCCACUAAAGGGUGUGAACUUUCCAUGUUCAGGGCAGGAGGGGUAGGAGAGGGGACUGUGGAGGGAAUAACUUGGACAAACUGACCGUUUUCUUUAGACGUUCCCUUUGUCCUUGGGUUCCUGUGCUCAUUGAGUCCAAGCCCUGGUCGGAACACCUCCAUUGUGUUUAGAUAGAGCUUGUUCCAGCUCUAUCUUGUUAAAAUGCCCAUGCCUUUCAUUAGAAGUAAUCAGCCCUUCCAUGAUGAUGAGCACAAUCUCUUCACACUUAGCAGGUGGCCCUCAUGGCGUGAUAUGACCAAAAUAAAUAAAUGUGUGUGGAUAUUGCAGCAUUCAAAGAGGGUUGUAAUGAACCUUUUCAAACUAGGCAGGUCCUCAGAUAACAGGCACAGAGUCCAUUUGCUGUGCCCAUACAAGAAGGCUUUCUGUCUUGGUAACAUGUGCCAGACUUUACACACGCACACAGCAUCUUAUAUAUUAUAUAAGUAUGAUAUUGUGUGUAUAUGUAAAUGAGGGUAUUACAUAAGUUUAAUGUAUGUGUAUAUUGUGUAACCUUUGAGGGUCACCCACCCACAAGAGAAAGCAAGAACCAAAAAAUUGAAAAGGGGGUGUGUAGGAAAAAUGCUAGGAAGGUAGAAUUUGCAGGAUUUGGCAGCUAAUUAGAUGGGAGGUGGGAUGUGAGAGAGAGAGAGGGGAGUUGUGGUGGACACCUGAUUUGGGAACCUGCAUGACUGAAAGAAUGGUGGCAGCCUCCAAAGUUAGGACAAGGGGAGGUUUGGAGGGGAAAGAUACUGAGUUCUGUUUUGGACACAUCAGGUUUCAGAUGUCCAGUACAGCUGGGGAUUCAAGACUGGGGUUAGGAGAGAGGUCAGAGCUAGAGAAAUAGAUCUGCAAGUCUUUAUGGUUUAAUGCUAGUCCGCCACUGCCCCACCAAAGGCAGAGAGAUGGGUUCCAACUUCACUCAUUGGGAAACAGUCUUGAUUAUUUCAUUUGUUCUGGAUUAUUUUCGUGGUAUCUUCUGCUAGAUCGUUGCACUGGCUGUCUGUAUUGUUCUUUCUGCUUUACUUCAUCUGUUCAUGCAGGUCUUCCCAUGUUUCUCUGAAUUCCUCAUACUCAUUUCUUCUGGUACAAUAAUACUGUUACAUACACAAAUCACAGUUUAUUCAGCCAUUCCUUGUUCAGUGGGUACUUAUUUUGCAUGCAUGCAUUAUUUUGCUGCUACAAAAAGUUCUACUGUGAAUGUUUUGCUAUGUAUAGAAAUCUAGUGGAAUUGCCACAUAAAGGGGUAUAAUCAGUUUAGUAAUUUUUUUUUCACAUGGUUUCAGAUUGAUUGCUAGAAUGGUUGGACCAAUCCACAGCUCUGCCAGUAGUGAAUUAGUGUGCCUAUGUGAUGACUUGGUUAUUUCUCUCCCUGUGAUGGUCAUCCCCCAGCUUGCCAAAUUUCCUCUUAAAAUGUGCCCAGAAAAGAACACAACACUGCAAACGUGGUCUGAUCAACACAAAAUAGAAGUGAAUAUCAUUGCUUUUCAUCUGGGCCCUUUUAAAACUAACUCUUCUUUUUUUAUUAUGAAUUUAGAAAUCAUUAACACAAGUGUGUCAGUAUUCAAAAUAGAAAAGAGGAUUACAUAUGAAUCAAAAAAUUUAUCUUGUGCAAUUUUUAAAGUGUAGGUUGUUAAACAGGAUUGUAAUAAAAUUGCUUUGUAUCCCCUUCUGAAUUUUUCUUGUUUUUAAUGUUUAAUGAUGCUUUUUCCCCCUACUGUAUCACUACCCACUACCUCAUCCUUUCCUCUCCCACUUGACAAAUUAGUUAAGCAAAAUAAAUCGACAUAUUGGUCGUUA